AUGGGCACCGUCAGCAUUGACGGCCUGGGGCUGGCCGCUCAUCAAAUGCAGCCUAUCAGACGCGCGUUGGACACCCUCCAUAACUUCUCUCCCGUCAUCUUAUUCGUCGUCUUUGCUGUGGCCUUCGUCACAAACACCGUCAUUGCAAACCGGAGGAUCGAGCCCAAGGCGCAGCAUACAAAGGGUGCAAGGACCGGGCCCGGAGGCAGGCCUCUGCCUACGCGCAUGAGGAGCGCUGCCGUGCUGAUUGCCCGCAAAACCCCCGACUUCUCGCCUGCCACGAAGCUAGCUUUCAAAUGGCUGGCCGUGGGCGUCCUGUUCAGCUUUAUUGCCGAGGCCGCCAUCCAUGUUGCUCACAUUGUGCUCCAUCGAAAGGACCACUGGUGGUGUGGUCAAGCAGUCGUAGUGAUUGAUUUUGAUGUUGUUGUUAUUGUUGCUGCUGCUGUUGAUGAAAUGACGUCUAUUCAUGUGGUCGGCACUUUCUUUGUCCACACUCUGGUGCUGAUAUCUCUGAUUGACACUACGCCCUCACCAACAGUGGCCCAGCUCAUCACCUGGAUAGUCUCUAUGCUGCUGGAGCUGGUCAUCCUGGCCCUGUUCCUUGAUAUCAACACCUCGCCGCACCACGAGCCCAUCGUUGGCGACCCGCUCGGGGGCCCGCUCAGAAAGGGGCUGACUACCUGGGAAGCCGGCCUCGUUGUCACAGCCAGUGCCCGGAUCUUGCUGCUCGUGUCUCUGGUUGUUAUCUACAGCCUGACUUCCUAUGCCUUGAAAAGUGGAGCUCAGAACAGCGGGACUGCCACAGAGACUACUUCACUGCUACACUCUGGAAAUGGCACUGCACACGCCAACGGUGACCGUUACGGUGCUUCUCAUCGACAUCUCAAACAUGACGACGAUGACCAGCCCGAGGAAGACGGAUGGGUGCGGCCAAAGACACUCCCGUCGACCAGCUGGUGGGAGUAUAUGAGCGGCUACUCGCUCUUUUUCCCGUACCUUUGGCCGUCCAGGUCAACCAAGCUGAAGUCAAUCGUUGUCUUCUGUUUCUUCCUUGUCAUACUCCAAAGAGGCGUCAACCUCGGAGUUCCCAUGCUCGUUCGUAACAUCGUCAAUAUCCUUGCCCAGGAACAUGGAAACGAGUUCUACGUUCCAUGGGGCACCAUUUGUCUAUACGUCAUCUUCCGCUCACUACAGGGCUCCCAGGGCCUUAUCGGAUCCCUGCGUUCCUUCUUGUGGAUUCCCGUUGGCCAGUACUCCUACAUGGAGCUCUCAACGGCCGCCUUUGAACAUGUCCACAGUCUCAGCCUCGACUUCCACCUCGGCAAGAAAACUGGCGAGGUCCUGUCUGCCCUGGGUAAAGGUAGCUCCAUCAACGGCUUCCUUGAGCAGGUUACAUUCCAGGUUGUGCCGAUGUUGGUUGACAUGUGCAUUGCCGUGGGCUACUUCUUUGUCGAGUUCGAUGUCUACUACGCAUUGGUGGUAGGCAUCAUUACCUUCUUGUACCUCUAUCUGACCAUCCGCAUGGCCCAGUGGAGAGGUGAAGUCCGACGCAUGAUGACUAAUGCUGAUCGCCAGCAGGAUGCUGUCAAAAAUGACUCGAUGGUUUCAUAUGAAACAGUCAAGUACUUUAAUGCUGAACCUUACGAGUUCAACCGAUACCGUGGGGCCGUUUCGGACUACCAGGCCGCUGAAUACCAUGUCCUGUUUUCUCUUCAGUUGAUGAAUACCUGCCAGAACACCGUUUUCAUGCUAGGCCUUCUCAUCACUUGUUUCAUUUGCGCUUUCCAGAUCGCAAAUGGUCAGAGAGAUGUUGGUCAGUUCGUCGGCUUGCUCACAUACAUGUCCCAACUUCAGGGGCCUCUAAACUUCUUCGGAACCUUUUAUCGCUCGAUCCAAGGAGCCAUGAUUAACUCUGAACGGCUUCUGGAGCUGUUCAGGGCAAAACCUACUGUUGUUGAUGCACCUGAUGUUGAUGAACUCCGCUCCUGCAAUGGCGGAAUCGAGUUUGACAAGGUACACUUCGCAUAUGACAGCCGCAAGCCGGCCCUGAAUGGACUCUCCUUCGAAUGUAAGCCUGGUACUACCACUGCUCUUGUGGGAGAGUCAGGCGGUGGAAAGUCCACUGUUUUCCGUCUUUUGUUCCGGUUCUACAACUCUACUUCUGGUCAGAUCCGCGUGGACGGCCAUCCUGUCGAGAGUGUGUCCAUCGACUCGCUCCGCCGACACAUCGGUGUUGUUCCACAAGAUACUGUCUUGUUCAAUGAGACCAUUAUGUACAACCUCAAAUACGCUAACCCUGCGGCAACCGACGAGGACAUCUACGAUGCUUGUCGUGCAGCCAGCAUCCAUGACCGCAUCCUCACCUUCCCCGAUGGUUACCAAACCAAAGUUGGAGAACGUGGUCUCAGACUGAGUGGCGGAGAAAAACAGCGAGUCGCAAUCGCUAGAACGAUUAUCAAGAACCCACGUAUCAUUCUUCUGGAUGAAGCUACCGCCGCUCUCGAUACCGACACCGAAGAACACAUCCAAGGCGCCUUGGCUACCCUGUCCAAGGGCCGAACCAUGCUUGUCAUUGCUCACCGUCUCAGCACAAUCACCACGGCGGAUCAGAUCCUUGUCCUCCAAAACGGACAGGUUGCCGAGAAAGGUACUCAUGAACAGCUGUUGGCCAUGAAAGGCCGUUAUUCAAGCAUGUGGCGUAAACAGAUUAAGGCUCAGAGAGCUGCCGCCGAGGCACAGGCCCUGCAGGACCGCGCGGAACGACUGAGAAGCAGUUCCGUGGUUGCUGGUGGCGGUGAGGAUAGCUCCAGCCAGUCAGACGAAGAUAGACAUGCAGAGACCACUGCUCGUCCACGCCCAACCCUGUCACAGCGCUCUACCAAAGCUCCCGAGACUAAACCUGCCGGACCUUAA